AUGUCUGCCUACUACAGGAAUAACGGGUAUGAGGAAGAACCAGAUUACCCUGACUAUUCACGGUCCCAGAACCACACGCAGGGCAACUGGAAAACUCGGGAUUAUCCAGAUUCUCUUGGUCCUCUGAACAACUCAGAUUACUCCAAAAGCAGGAGGAACCCAUACUCUGAAGACUCCAGAAGAAAUCCAGACUAUCCCAGGUCUCUAGCAGAACCGGAUUAUCCUGGGUCUUUGAGUCAUCCAGAUUAUUCUGGCACCAGAAACAGUCCAUACUCUGUAGGCUCCAGAAGAAAUCCAGACUAUCCCAGGCCUCUAGCAGAACCAGAUUAUCGCGGGCUCCAGAACAAUCCAUACCAUCCAGACUCAUUCAAAGAGCCAGACUACCCUGAAUCUCAACGAAAUCCAGGUUCCAGAAGCAGUGGAAACUCUGCGGGCUCCAGAACAAACCCUGACUAUCUUGGCUCUUUGGGGGAACCAGACUACCCUGGAGCUCAGGGAAACAGUAACUAUCCUGGCCCCAGAGCCCAUUCAAAUCAUCCAGGCUCCAGCAGGAAUCAAGAAUAUGCUGGUUCCAGAAUCAAACCACACAUAGAUACUCUGGGAAAGCCUGAUUAUCCAGGCACUGAGGAUCAACCUUACUCUCCAAAUUUUUUAGGGAAACCAGAUUAUUCUGGUGCUGAGGACUAUCGAAACUCUCCAGAUUUUUGGGGGGAGCCUGAUUACCCAAAUGCUGAGGAUGGCUGUGAUUAUGGCUCUUCCAAGACUCCAGAAACAACCAGGGAGGUGCUCAGCAGAACAUCUUCAAUCCAGCCCUCAUUUCAUCAUGGGGCUGUUGGCCCCUUGGGCUUGCCUGUGAGAGAGAAUGAAGAUUACCAUGAAAGCAUUGAAAUGAAGUCUGUGGAGAUGGCAAAUCCAUAUGGCCACUCUGGCCAUGGUUAUGUGAACCCUACUUAUGUGGCUGAAAGUAACCUCCACCCAUCUUAUGGAAACCCACCCUCUGGAGAUGAUUGGUACAAGUCACCCCAAGAACAAAAGUUAAUUGCCUCUCUGAUACCCAUGGCAUCUAGAGAGAGAAUUAAAGCCAUCAGGAAUCAGCCGAGGACUAUGGAAGAGAAAAGGAACCUUAGGAAACUGGUUGACAAGGAGAAGAGUAAGCAGUCCCGUCAUAUCUUUGAGCUCAGCUGUUGCACUCACUGUGUGAACUCCAUUUCACUGGCAUAUCGGAGAUCCAAGAACAUCCUGUCGGAGCUGCUCAGUUCCAUCAGCCUGUGGCAGAAGACGUUCAAGGUCAUCGGAGGCAAGUUUGGAACCAGCGUCCUGUCCUACUUCAACUUUCUGAGGUGGCUUUUGAAGUUCAACAUUUUCUCAUUCAUUGUGACCUUCAGCUUCAUCAUAAUCCCUCAGUUUACCGUGGCCGGAAGGAACACUCUCCAAUUCACAGGACUGGAAUUUUUCACUGGGGCGGGUUAUUUUAGUGACACGGUGAUGUACUAUGGCUUUUACACCAAUUCUACGAUCCAGCAUGGGAGCGGUGGCGCAUCCUACGACAUGCAGCUGGCCUACAUCUUCACCAUCGCAGCCUGUUUGAUCAUCUGCUUUUUCAGUUUGCUCUUCAGCAUGGCCAGGUAUUUCCGGAACAACUUCAUUAACCCCCACAUUUACUCCAGAGGGAUCACUAAACUUGUUUUCUGCUGGGACUUCACCAUCACUCACGAAAGAGCUGUGAAGCUAAAACAGAAGAACCUUAGCACUGAGUUAAGGGAGAACCUGUCAGAAAUCCGUCAGGAGAAUGUCAGGUUAACGCUCAAUCAGCAGCUGACCCGCUUGUCUAUCCACCUGGCAGCCUGGGUGGUCUCUACUGGAGUGGCCACCACCUGCUGUGUCGCUGUUUAUUACCUGGCUGUGAACAACUCAGAGUUCCUGCAGAGCCACAGGAACCCUGGCUCGGUGCUGUUACUGCCCUUCGUUGUGUCCUGCAUCAACCUGGCGGUGCCUCGCUUCUACUCCAUGUUCAGCCUGGUGGAGCACUAUGAGAUACCCAGGCAGGAAGUUUACGUCCUCCUGAUCCGAAACAUCGUUUUGAAAAUAUCAAUCAUUGGAAUUCUUUGUUACUAUUGGCUCAGCAUUGUGGCCCUGGCUGGUGAAGAGUGUUGGGAAACCCUCAUUGGUCAGGAUAUCUACCGGCUCCUUCUGAUGGAUUUUGUGUUCUCCUUAGCUGAUUCCUUCCUGGGAGAGUUCCUGAGGAGAAUCAUUGGGAUGCAAUUUAUCACAAGCCUUGGCUUACAGGAGUUUGACAUCGCCAGGAACGUCCUAGAACUGAUCUACGCACAAACGCUGGUGUGGAUUGGAACCUUCUUCUGCCCUCUGCUGCCCUUUAUCCAAAUGAUUACUCUUUUCAUCAUGUUUUACGUCAAAAAUAUCAGCCUGAUGAUGAAUUUCCAGCCUCCAAGCAAAGCCUGGCGGGCCUCACAGAUGAUGACUUUCUUCAUCUUCUUGCUCUUUUUCCCGUCCUUCACUGGGGUCCUGUGCACCCUGGCCACCACGAUCUGGAGAUUGAAACCAUCAGCUGACUGUGGCCCAUUUCGAGGGCUGCCCUUCUUCAUUCACUCCAUUUACAGCUGGAUCGACACCCUGAGUAAAAGGCCCGGCUACCUGUGGGUGGUUUGGAUCUACCGGAACCUCAUCGGAAGUGUGCACUUCUUUUUCAUCCUCACCCUUAUUGUAUUAAUCAUCACGUAUCUUUACUGGCAGAUCACAGAGGGAAGGAAGAUUAUGAUCAGACUGCUCCAUGAACAGAUAAUUAAUGAGGGCAAAGAUAAAAUGUUCCUGAUAGAAAAGUUGACGAAGCUGCAGGAUACAGAGAAGAGAGCAAACCCCAGCUCGUUCACACUGGAAAGGAGUGACGUGGAGGAACCAGACCCUUUGCACGUCAGGGAAUAUGAAGGUGCUCGUGAGCUGCGAUUUAGGCGGUCAGUUCAAGAAAAUAAUCCAAACGCCUAAUGAUGUGGUAGCCAGACACCAAUACAUAAGAAAAGGAGGUAAAGAUGGAACAACUUCUUCUAUGACACCUCAGCCUUUCGGAGCUUCUGAGAAUGGAAUUCAAGCCUUUUGCCAGGAGUGGAAACUGACCACAAUGUAAAUCCUGAAGUAAAAUUGGCCAUUCCCUGCUGGUAUUUUACACUUGAAUUGCUGAUUUUUUUAAGAUAAAAUACUUGGGGUUUUCUAAUAAAGACUCUUGUAUUUUAACUAGUUCACAAAAACCCGAGAAGAGAUAACAUGGGAAUGAUGUAUUUUAAGAGAUGUGCAUAUGAAUUAUUGGUCCUCAGAAAUCUCUCCUCCCAGACCUCCUAGACCUGGCAAAGGUUUGGAAAGUGGUGCUAAGACAAGUGGUCCAGCCUGAAUAAAAAUGCGAUCCUCUGUCAGGGAUGUGAUGCCUCUGAAUUGUGGGGGACCUGCAUUUGUUCAUGACUUUGAACUAAAAAUAGCCCCAUGUUACCCAGAAGUGAAAUACAACC